UUUCCACGACCAGCCACAGGUGUCACAUUUCAAGAAUCGUCAUUCAGGUGUGUGGGACUGGCUAGCUGUUUUUGAAUUGAAGCCGUCGUACUUGAAUUGCAACCUGCACCUGGCGCGACUUUCUCCAGAGAAGUUGAUCUAACGAACGACAUUUGAAAAGUAACUUUAACUGAAUACAAAAAAAGGACAAAAUGAGCAAAAUUUCUAAAUUGUUCAAGGGAAGCUCAAGUUCGAGCUCUUCUAGCCACUAUCCAAGCUCUUCGAAGUCGAAACAUGGCCAUCGGUCUCGGACAGGACCUACCCCGCAGGAGGCCAUUCACAAACUUCGAGAAACAGAGGCGAUGCUGGCGAAAAAACAGGACUUCUUGGAAAAUAAAAUUGAACAAGAAAUUAUGAUAGCAAAGAAGAAUGGCCUCAAGAAUAAACGUGCGGCCCUCCAGGCACUGAAGAGGAAGAAGCGCUUUGAGCAGCAGCUCACCCAGAUUGACGGGACCCUCUCCACCAUCGAGUUCCAAAGGGAGGCAUUGGAGAAUGCCAACACCAACACUGAGGUCCUGAAGACCAUGGGCUACGCUGCCAAGGCCAUCAAGGGGGUCCACCAGAACAUGGAUCUGGAUAAAAUUGACUCUCUGAUGCAGGACAUCACUGAGUCGCAGGAAGUGGCCCAGGAGAUCUGUGAUGCUAUCUCCCGACCUUUCGGAGAUGCAUUUGAUGAGGAUGAGCUGUUAGGGGAGCUGGAGCUGGAGGAGAGCAUGACGAACAUGGGCAGAGUGCCCAGUGUGCCCACCGCCAAGCUGCCCACCAAGCUUCCCUCAACUCGACCCAGCCGGCGCACUCCGUCCAAGAAGAGGGCAGAGGAUGAUGACAUGCAGAUGCUGGCAGCCUGGGCAGUGUAACUAACACGCACCAGAUUCUAAAUGUACAAAUGUUAAUUUUAAUGUUUUUAUCUUUAUAUUCUAAUCAGUUUCUUAGGGAAAAGCCAAUGAUCUCUAUUUUGUUGGAUUGUUUUAUGUGUGUUGUACAAUUAUGGAAGUGAAGUAUUGGAAUGUGUGCUCUGACUAGGUGAUUUUUUUAUUACUGCUACAUUACACAAUUUUCUGUCAAUGAAGGAUACAGUUGCUAGUGAAAGUCUACACACCUCUCUUUAAAUUUAGCUGCCUUAAAAUGAAAGGGAUAGUUUGCCUAUUUUAAAACGGUGCCAGGGAAACUAAACCAAAGCAUGGAUUGCUGUCGUACUUUGUCCAUAGACCGCUUACUGAGUAAGGAAACCAAUAACAUUUUCGCAUUUGUUGCACAAAUCCCAUUUAAGUCAUGGUGUGGUUACUUGUCGUUGUGAGGCCAGUUGGACCUACUGCCAAAUUCUUUUAAAAUUAUGUUAAGUGGCUUAGGGUAGAGAAAUGAACAUUAAAUUCUCUGGCAACAGCUCUGGUGGGGCUUUCCUGCAGUCAGCAUGCCAAUUGCACACUCCCUCAACUUGAGAUGUCUGUUGCAUUGUGUUGUGACAACUGCACAUUUUAGUGGCUUUUUACUGUCCCCAGCGCAAGGUGAACCAGUGUAAUGAGCAUGCUGUUUAAUCAGCUUCUUGAUAUGCCACACCUGUCAGGUGCAUGGAUUAGCUUUGCAAAGGAAAAAUGCUCACUAACAGGGAUGUGAACAAAUUUGUGCACAAUUUUAGUUUUUUUUUGUGCAUCUGGAACAUUUCUGUGAUCUUUUUAUUUCAGCUCGUGAAACAUGGUAGCAACACUUUACAUGCUGCAUUUUAUAUUAUUGUUCAGUGUAUAAGUGACAGAUUCACAAUCAAUUGUAGAUGCUUUUGUAUGAUUUGUUCAUGGUAUGUUAAAAAAAAGCAAGCUAAUAUUGGUACUAUGACUUGAAUAGUUUUUGUGCCACAAAUGCUAAAAUGUUCACAUUUGGUAACAGUGCCAAGGAAAUAAAGCAAAUGCAAGGAUUGCUCUCA